AUGGCCAACAAAGUGACGAUGUUGUUUCUCGCGUUUCUCAUCAUCAACAUCAACCCCGUCGCGACCCUUUCGGUCGCGUCCAACCCAUACACGGGAGGCGACACAUCGGGCUGUGGAAAGAUGCACACUGCUCAAGUCAUCGGCCUUCCGAUCUACCGCGGGAUACAGUCUAGUGGCGUGCAUCGCAGUUACAGCGUGCAUCUCCCUUCCCAAUACGAUAAACACCAUGAAUACCCUACUAUUCUAGGCUUCCACGGCUCCAGUAGUAUCGGGCUGUUCUUUCAGGCCGAUACCAAACUCGACGAGGCUCGAUUUACCCGCGACAAGAUCAUGGUUUAUCCCAACGGACUGGGCGGCGCUUGGGCCGGAGCCAACUACUCCCAGGCCACUGUCGACCAAGACUUGCAAUUUGUGUGGGAUCUUCUUGCCGACUUGCGUCAGAACUUCUGCAUCGACAGUUCGCGCAUCUAUGCAACAGGUUUGUCCAGCGGUGGCGGCUUCGUGGAUACCAUUGCCUGCAACAGCACCGUCGGAGGCGAGUUUGCUGCCAUGGCCCCGGCCUCCGGGUCCUUUUAUACUAAUAACGAUGCAAACCACCAUUUAUGCGAGCCUGCACGUGUGCCCAUGCCCAUUUUAGAGUUCCAUGGAGGAGCUGACGCGGAUGUCAAGUAUGGUGGCGGUCAGGGUGAAGGUGGUAUUGAGCCUGCAAUCCCGAAUUGGCUCGGCUGGUGGGCGGCCCGGAAUAAAUGCGACACGCCUCAUCAUCAGGAGGAUCUGUUUGACGGUGACGUACACCAUCUUAGCUGGGCAUGCGGCGGGCAAGAAGGGGUAGUGCAGCACUACAAGACCGAUGAUCAAAGUAUAACCCAAUCCUGCUCUUUGAGACUUGGGGCUAUGUUGGAACACUUGCUAACCUUUUUGCGGGCAGAGCACGACUGGCCAUCGACAGAGCCAAACUUUUCGCAACUAGCGGCUGGUGAUAAGCCAACGCAUAUUCAAGCCAGUGCGAUUAUCCAGGAUUUCUUUAUGAGGUUCACACGUCCUGAAGUUUGA